CUGCGUCAGCAACACGUGUCCCGCAGCCGCGCGCCGGCUGCCAGAAAGGGAGAAUAAACGUCCACGGUGCACGGCUUCACGGAAGGCUUCAUAUAUAUAUAUGUAUUUACAUAUCUAUAUUUUAUCUAUAUCUAUAAAUAUUGAUAUAGAUAUAUUUGUCUCUCUGAUUUUUGGAUUCAUUGGGAGUAUUUGCUUCAUCAGUGCAAGCUCCUCCUAGGGACACCCCGGUGUGGCGGUAUCCCUUCGCGAUGCAAAGAUGGCGCCCCUGCUCCCUCGCCGAGGCACCGACGCGUUCCGCCGCUUCACCCGUGAAUCGCUGGCGGAGAUCGAGAGGCUCAAGGCGGAGAGCGCCGACGCCGCAGGAGUAGCGGGGCCCGAGGGGGAGGAGCCGGCGGCCCCCAACGCCGAUCUGGAAGCCGGCAAGGGCCUGCCCAUGAUCUACGGAGAGCCCCCAUCGGAGCUGCUCAACACGCCUCUGGAGGACCUGGACACCUUCUACCAAGCGCAGCACACAUUCAUUGUGAUCACUAGAGGAAACACAAUCUUCAGGUUCAACGCUGAGCCGGCCUGCCACAUUCUGAGCCCCUUUAGUUUGGUCAGAAGAGGAGCCAUCAAAAUUCUCAUACAUUCAUUAUUUAGCAUGUUCAUCAUGAUUACGAUUCUAUCGAAUUGUGUUUUCAUGACGAUGAGCAACCCACCAGCAUGGAGUAAAACCGUAGAGUAUGUUUUUACUGGCAUCUACACCUUCGAGGCAACAGUCAAAGUGUUGUCCCGAGGGUUCUGUUUCGGGUCGUUUACAUUCCUUCGAGAUCCGUGGAAUUGGCUGGAUUUCAUGGUGAUCAGCAUGGCAUACGUCACUGAGUUUGUUGACCUAGGCAACAUGUCCGCCCUCAGGACAUUUCGUGUACUUCGAGCCCUUAAAACAAUUACUGUGAUUCCUGGUUUGAAAACCAUCGUGGCCGCUCUGAUCCAGUCGGUGAAGAAAAUGGUGGACGUGAUGAUUCUGACCGUCUUCGCGCUGGCCGUCUUCGCCCUCAUCGGCCUCCAGCUCUUCAUGGGAAACCUGCGGCAGAAAUGCGUGCGAUGGCCCCUCCAGGCGAACGGAACCGCCUCGGAGUUCCCCAACUCCACCGCCACGUUUAACGACACCGCAUAUUCCAACAGCACCUUCGAUUUCAGCCAGUAUAUUGAAAACAUCGAGAAUCACUAUUAUGUGGAAGGCAGCCUCGACGCUCUCCUUUGUGGGAACAGCUCUGACGCCGGAAAGUGCCCGGAGGGAUACACGUGCAUGAAGGCCGGGAGGAACCCCAACUAUGGCUACACCAGUUUUGACUCCUUCGGCUGGGCCUUCCUGGCCCUCUUCAGGCUCAUGACCCAGGACUACUGGGAGAACCUCUUCCAGCUGGUUGGCGCUCCUUUCGUCCUGCGGGCGGCCGGUAAGACGUACAUGCUGUUCUUCGUGGUUAUCAUCUUUCUGGGCUCCUUCUACCUCAUCAAUCUCAUCCUGGCCGUGGUGGCCAUGGCUUACGAAGAACAGAACCAGGCAACUCAGCGAGAGGCCAUAGAGAAAGAGGAAGAGUUCCAGCGGCUACUGGAGCAGCUCAAGGACCAGGAAGAGGCUCCAGCUCUUGGGAGCCGGGCCACUCUAACCAGUAAGGAAUCGCUGAGUCGUCACACCAUUUCUGAGUUCCCCGAGGACGAACAGAGCCUCGGACGCGAUGAAGUGAUCAAGGAUUGCAACGGGAGAAUUGUUCCUCGUCUGUUGGUCCGAGUGCCCACCAUGGUCCAGCGUGCUGAAGAUUACGAACCGAGAGAGAGGUCUUUGGGCUCCGGGCACAGCAUGCAUCGUCUGGAGGAACCGGGCCUCACUCGGAGGACCGCCAGCGCUCUGACGGUGCUCACCGUGGCGGCUUUGGAAGAGUUGGAGGAGGCCCAGAGGCCGUGCCCACCCGCCUGGUACAAGUUUGCCGACGCGUUCCUGAAGUGGGACUGCCACCCGCAAUGGGUGCUCUGCAAAAAGUGGGUGCUCUUUGUGGUGAUGGACCCCUUCGUUGACUUGGGCAUCACCAUCUGCAUCGUGCUCAACACCCUCUUCAUGGCCAUGGAGCAUUACCCCAUGACCGAGGAGUUUGACCACAUGCUCUCCGUGGGGAAUCUGGUCUUCACUGGGAUAUUCACAGCGGAGAUGUUCUUCAAGCUGAUCGCCAUGGAUCCCUACUACUACUUUCAAGUCGGCUGGAACAUUUUCGACAGCAUCAUCGUUACCCUCAGUCUGGUGGAGCUGGGGCUGGCGAAUGUCCAGGGCCUGUCCGUCCUCAGGUCCUUCCGUCUGCUGCGCGUCUUCAAACUAGCAAAGUCCUGGCCCACCCUCAACAUGCUGAUCAAGAUUAUCGGCAACUCGGUGGGCGCUUUGGGGAACCUGACUCUGGUGCUGGCCAUCAUCGUCUUCAUCUUCGCCGUGGUGGGCAUGCAGCUCUUUGGCAAGAACUACAAGGAAUGCGUGUGCAAGAUCUCCUCUGAGUGCGAGCUGCCGCGCUGGCACAUGAACGACUUCUUCCACUCGUUCCUCAUCGUUUUCCGCAUCCUGUGCGGGGAGUGGAUCGAGACCAUGUGGGACUGCAUGGAGGUGGCCGGGACUGGGAUGUGCUUGGUUGUCUUCAUGAUGGUCAUGGUCAUUGGAAAUCUAGUGGUGCUGAACCUUUUUCUGGCCCUGCUGCUCAGCUCGUUCAGCGGCGACAACCUCUCCACCGGGGACGAAGACGGGGAGAUGAACAACCUCCAGAUCGCCAUCGGCAGGAUCACGCGCGGCGCCGACUGGUUCAAGGCGUCCGCCGUGCGGACCGUCCUGCGCGCCCUGGGCAAAAAGCGCGGGGAGCCCGGCGAGGGCCCGGCGGGGGGCGAGGACCCCAAAGGGGAGGCGUUCGAGAUGAACCACAUGGACGAAGGUCGGAGUUUCCAAAUGUCCGACGACGGGGUAGAUGAUUGUUUAGUGGACGGCCGGCCGUUCUUCGGGUUUACUGUGGACGAAGAGGUCAGCAUCAACGUGCCAAUCGCUCAUGUCGAGUCAGACUUCGAAAACCUGGGCGGGGAGGACGACGACAGUGCUGAUGACUCAGAGAUAUCCGAUGAGAAACUGAAGUAUCAGGGAAACUUAAAAGGUGAAAGCGGUAUGCGGCGAAGUGUCAAACUGAUGGGUGCUUUGAAUGAUGGGGAUUCUUCAGUGUGUAGCACAGUGGACUACCAGCCACCCGAGCCCGAACCCGAGGAAGAGGAGGAAGAAGAGCCAGAUCCCGUGGAGCCGGAGGCCUGCUUCACAGACGAGUGUGUGAGGCGCUGGCCGUGCCUGUCGGUGGACGUCACCCAGGGCAAAGGCAAGGAGUGGUGGAACCUCCGUAGGGCUUGCUUCACCAUUGUGGAGCACGACUGGUUUGAGACCUUCAUCGUCUUCAUGAUCCUCCUCAGCAGCGGGGCUCUGGCCUUUGAAGAUGUAUACAUAGAAAAACGCCAAACCAUCAAAAUAAUCUUGGAGUUCGCCGACAAAGUGUUCACCUAUGUCUUCAUCAUCGAGAUGCUCCUUAAGUGGGUGGCAUACGGCUUCAAGACCUACUUCACCAACGCUUGGUGCUGGUUAGACUUUUUCAUUGUGGAUAUUUCCCUGAUUAGUUUGGCUGCCAACUGGAUGGGAUACUCCGACCUGGGGCCGAUCAAGUCCCUCAGGACUCUCCGGGCACUGAGGCCCCUUCGGGCACUGUCCAGAUUUGAAGGGAUGAGGGUGGUGGUGAACGCUCUGGUGGGAGCGAUUCCCUCCAUCUUCAACGUGCUGCUGGUGUGUCUCAUCUUCUGGCUCAUCUUCAGCAUCAUGGGCGUCAACCUGUUCGCCGGGAAGUUCUACCGCUGCGUCAACACCACCACGGGGGAGCUGUUCCCCAUGACGCAGGUCAACAACAGGAGCGACUGCGCGGCCGUGCGGGAGGCCACGCGGGACGCCCGCUGGGUCAACGUCAAGGUCAACUAUGACAACGUGGGACAAGGCUACCUGUCCCUGCUGCAAGUGUCGACCUUUAAAGGCUGGAUGGACAUCAUGUAUGCCGCCGUCGACUCAAGAGAGGUAGAGGAGCAGCCUUCAUAUGAGAUCAACCUCUACAUGUACAUUUACUUUGUCAUCUUCAUCAUCUUCGGCUCCUUCUUCACACUCAACCUCUUCAUCGGUGUCAUUAUUGACAACUUUAACCAGCAAAAGAAGAAGUUUGGAGACAAAGACAUCUUCUUGACUGAUGAACAAAAAAAGUACUACGAAGCCAUGAAGAAACUUGGAUCCAAGAAGCCGCAGAAGCCGAUCUCGCGUCCAACGAACUUGAUCCAGGGACUGGUGUUCGAUUUCAUCAGCCAGCAGGUCUUUGACAUCUUCAUCAUGGUGCUCAUUUGCCUCAACAUGGUGACCAUGAUGGUGGAGACGGACAACCAGAGCGCAGAGAAGGAGGAUUUCCUCUUCAAAGUGAACGUGGCGUUCAUCGUGGUGUUCACCGGCGAGUGCACCCUGAAGCUCUUCGCCCUGCGACACUACUUCUUCACCAACGGGUGGAACGUUUUUGACUUCGUCGUGGUCAUCCUGUCCAUAGCCGGUACGAUGCUCUCGGACAUAAUCGAGAAGUACUUUGUGUCGCCAACUCUGUUCAGGGUGAUCCGACUGGCCAGAAUAGGCAGGAUCCUGCGUCUCAUCAAAGGAGCGAAGGGCAUCCGGACGCUUCUCUUCGCUCUGAUGAUGUCGCUCCCUGCCCUCUUCAACAUCGGCCUCCUGCUCUUCCUCAUCAUGUUCAUCUUCUCCAUAUUCGGCAUGUCGAACUUCGCCUACGUCAAAAAGGAGGCCGGCAUCGACGACGUCUUCAACUUCGAGACGUUCGGCGGCAGCAUCAUCUGCCUGUUCGAGAUCACCACCUCGGCCGGCUGGGACGGGCUUCUGCUGCCGAUGCUGAACAAGGAGUUCCCGGACUGCGACCCGGACUUCGAGAACCCGGGCACGGGAGUCAAGGGCAACUGCGGCAACCCGCUCAUGAGCAUGACGUUCUUCUGCGGCUACAUCAUCGUCUCCUUCCUGGUGGUGGUCAACAUGUACAUCGCCAUCAUCCUGGAGAACUUCAACGUGGCGCAGGAGGAGAGCGGCGACGCGCUCUGCGAGGACGACUUCGAGAUGUUCAACGAGACGUGGGAGAAGUUCGACCCGGGCGCCACCCAGUUCAUCGAGUACGGGCGGCUCUCGGAUUUCUGCGACGCCCUGCAGCCGCCGCUGAGGGUGGCGAAGCCCAACCGCCUGCGCCUGAUCGGGAUGGAUCUGCCGCUGGUCAUCGGCGACCGGAUCCACUGCCUGGACGUCCUGCUGGCCGUCACGCAGAUGGUCUUGGGGGACACGGUGGAGAUGGCGGCGAUGCGCGAGAGCAUUCAGGCCAAGUUCGUCCUGAGCAACCCCACCUCGGACUCGUUCGCGCCGAUCACCACCACGGCGCGCCACAAAGAAGAGCAGGCGGCCGCCGCCGUCGUCCAGAGGGCCUUCCGCAGCCACCUGCUGAGGCGCUGCGUGCGCCACGCCGCCGCCAUGCGGGGCCGCGGCGGCCUUCCGGAAAGGGAGGGCUUGCUGGCGCGGAGGAUGGCCGUGCUCUACGGGAGCGGCGCCGACCUCGCCGAGGAGGGGCAGCGAUCCGGCGAUUCGGGAACUCCGGCGAGCCGACCGGCCCGCGACGCCGGAGGCCGGGGCGGGCCGGACGACCCCGGGGCGAAUGCGGCGGGCGCACCUUCGCAGGCGACUGGGGACGUGUCACUAGGUUCUGGCCCCGACGCUCACUUCCUCACCUUACAUGCUUAUCUGAGGGAGACCAUCGUGUAAGAAGCGGCAGGCGAUUAUCACGUUGUUGUUGUUUUUUUCAAAGGUCAAGGAGUGUCGUCACUGCUAAUUAAUGAUGAAAUUGUGUUUUGACAAACUGAACAAAUAAUUCCUGUGUUUUCAUGCGAUUUUCACGUCGUUUUGGGGGUUUCGAGGUUUGAAUUUCCUCUGAUAAUAACCAUUCGGAUGUCGACAUCAAAUUUAUAUAUAUGAAUAAACACCACUGUUAAUGCUAAGGGUAAACUAACUGCAAAAAUGUCCACAUGUUAAACUGUUUUCACUUAAAAAAACGACGCAGUCCCACUCAAAAUUAAAACAGCGCAAAAUCCUAGUCGUGUUUACAUGAAGUCACUUUCAAGUGGAAUCUCGCCAAAACUUUUUCUCGGGUGGAGUUAUUUUUGUUUAAGGCUCCUCAUCACAUUCAUCCCCCACCAGUGAAGCCCUGAUCUCUGUCCUCCUUUUAUUGGUUAACGAGAACGCCAGCCAGCUAGCAUCCGAAGGCCCAGUUUAUAUUGCACUAUUUAUAUCCCUUCCAGGUCGGGUCAGAGCAAACCGAGAGACCUUCCUGUUUUCUGAUUUCACCAGUGAGAUUUGCAUGUCUUUUCGAUUCAAUUUAAUCUUUUUUUCACCGUGACUCGAUCUGAAAACUCAAAGGCAAGCAGUCACUUUACAUUUCAGCAUUUAGAUUGAAUAACUUUAAACUCAAGGUGCGGCGUUUUCAUUAACAGAACUAUAUUCGUCUGCUUGAUAACAAUUCUAGCAAUAAUAUAAAUAGUUCAUCCUGAGCUAUUACCUGCGGUGCAUUUUUAAAUACUUUUAAAAAUGAGUUAUACCUCAGAUUGCAUAAAUUCAACUAUAUUUAAAAAUUUGGAAGGCACAAGUCUGUCCUCGUGUGGGCAAGAUCACUUGUUGCUGUUUAAGUCUUAACUGAAUUUAAAACGUCUUACUCCAAAUAGAUUCACAUGAACAACAAAAGCACUUUGACAGUCAUAUCGUUUUUUUUUUUUUUGUUUAAUUGUUUUUAAUAGACAAAAGAAGGUUGUGCCCUCCCUGGUUCAUGUGUUCAGAAGAGUUUUAACAUCAACCCUGAGAGAUAAAACCAAUCGUGGAUGCUGGUGUCUCUUUGUCUUACCCAGCUGCCCCGAUGGCGGCUGUUCUGUCAUGUGACCUGCAGGUCGAUUUAAGGUCUCCUCUGAUGCUCCAACUCACAAGAUGGUCUCCUCCUUUUGUUUACAUUUCUAAUGGAGGGAGAACUUAACCGGUACACUGCUGCUUGUAUAUACACCUUUCUGUUCUUUCUUUUACUCUCUAUUGAUUAUUUCUAUGAUUUUGUUAUUGUAAAAAUUGUAAGUAUAUUGUGAGAAUAAAAUACUACUUUAAAGUAGGUUGUGAAAAGCUGUAUUCUGUGAAACUCCACUGAGGACCUCUGGUGGUUUGUCUGUGUGUGGGUUUUUUUUUUCUUGUGAACGUGUGACAAGGCUCUUGAAGUUAGAAUAGACACUAUAAAGACAACAUAUAGAACGUUUGGCAUCUUACUUUUACAUUUUUCAAAUUCAAAUGUCAAGUAUCAUAAAAGCUGGUGAUAUUUUC